AUGGUCAACAAUGCAUCGGUCAUCCUUUCUAUCGUAGAUCGCCUUAGCCCCGACUUUGCACAGAGAUCGGUGACAAGGACCCGAGUUUCCUCUGAUCCAUGCCUACCUGCACGUUUACCUACGACAGGCUUUCUGCAGCGAGAGGCCGAACAGAACGCACCAAAGGCGGUGUUGAGGCAGUUACGACGCAGUCCAUCACCACCUCUUAGUCCAACCACCGAGUGCCAUGAUGCGACAGAAGAUACCCCACCUCAUGCGGAGAGAAGGGACAGCGUCUCAUCAAAUCCAGAACAAUCUUCUCCGACACGGGCUUUGGCGGGCCUAUUUUCGAGAAGCCAACCCUCAGGGGGUUGGAAAGAGCCUCAACCGUUUGAAGUAUUUCGCGCUAUCGAGCGCAAGGAUAUCAUGUUUCUGAUGGAAGUUCGCGAUCGUGCUUUCCCUCUACUACUUCGCAAAACCGGGGAUGCUACUCCUCUCCUUCACGCUAUGCGCAUUGGACAGUCUCAUCGUGAUGUUGCCAUCCUGUUGCUGGGAGCUUUCUCACGUUGGAUCAAUCAUCUAGAGGAUAGCGAAAUUGGUCUACCACGAACAAGAGUAGUCCUCAAGGCUUUGCGAACAAACCUCAAGCUCGGCAUAGAUUAUGGUCUCUAUAAAUCUCAGAGCGAUCUCGUAGCAUCUUUUAUGCAAACACUGGUAAUGAGCGAGGGAGAAAAGUGGAUUCGUGCCCAAGUAUCAUCGGCGUCUCUUGCCUUGAGAUCUGGCAAUGCUGGAAAACCUGUUUCCACUGCUGAGGCGGCGGUGCGAAAGUUCGCUACCAAAGAACUAAGCAAAGCAGAUGCUAUUGCUGCCUUGGAGGAUUAUGUGGCAAAUGCUACGGUCGACCUUCUACUUCUUGGGGCAUGGGCGAUGGCAUUGGAAUCUAUCGAAGGGGAGCAGAUACCGUUCUAUUAUUUUGCACGAGAUGACAGAGUGUUCAAGGCUUUUACGGACAGAGUAAAUGCUCACCAAGCUGCCAUUCGUCGCGCACUGAGCCGGCGCCUGAAGUGGCAGUUCCGCGUGCUGCAGACUGUACUGGAAGGGAGAAAUACCACUUAUCGAAGAAAAGUGGAAAUUUUGAUCGAAGAAUUGGAUGACGGAGAUGGGUUGUAG